CCAAAAAAAAAAACAGAAAACAAAAAAAAAACAAAGAAACGCAGAGAACAGAGGAAGAAGCAUAAGGGAGUACGCAAAGACUGAGCGAGAAUGGAAUGUUUGGACGCUAAUUUUCCUGUGUGCCAUAGAAAGGUCUCGUUAGAAAUUAAGGGAAACAAGACAGAGAUUGUGAUCUGCAGCUAUGAUGAUCAUAUCCUUGUCAUAGCAACACAGAUUGGAGCCAUGGGGACUAUAUUGCACGCAAGGAAGGAAGAAGGGAUGUCUGUUGAACCAACAUUUAGUGUCUCAGUUAUAUUCGGAAAGCGUGAUGAGCCGAUGCUGGUAGCAACUGCUCGAAGACUCAUUGAUCACAUAAGUUCUCAUGUUCCCUCGAAGCCUUUGAUUCUCUCGCUUGGUCUCAAAGAUCAUUCUUCCGAGACGUUGAAGGAAAUAGUUGCAGCUGUGGAUCGAUAA